AUGAAUUAUUCAAGAAUAUUUUUGAUAAUAAGGAAUUUACAUACUUAUUCUACAUUAUUUCGAGAAACACCACAAAAUUUAAAAGGAAAGAAGCAUAGUUCACAAUUAUGGCUUACAAGACAAAUACAAGAUCCUUAUGUGGAAUUGGCUAAACGAGAAAAUUAUAGAUGUAGAAGUGCAUAUAAAUUGUUAGAAAUUAAUGAAAGAUUUAAAAUAUUAGAACCAGGGAAAAUUGUAAUUGAUUGUGGAGCUGCUCCUGGUAGUUGGACUCAAGUUGCUGUUAAAUUCACAAAUGCAAAUGCUAAACAAAAAAGUGCUAUUGGAACUGUUUUAGGAAUAGAUAAACAACCAAUUUAUCCUAUUGAAGGUGCAACUUUAUUAAAUGGUAUGGAUUUUAUGGCUGCAACAUCUCAAAAUGAAAUCUUGAACAUCUUAAAUGGUCGAAAAGUGAAUGUAUUUUUAUCAGAUAUGGCACCAAAUGCAUCUGGUAUAAGAGAUUUAGAUCAUGAAAAUAUAAUGCAACUUGUAUAUAGUGCUUUAAAAUUUGCUUUACAAAUUAUUCAUAUAAAUGGAAUAUUUGUUUGUAAAGUAUGGGAUGGUAAGAAAUCUUUGCAAUUGGAGAAAGAUCUGACAAGAUUUUUUAAACAUGUAAAAAAUAUAAGACCAAAAGCAACAAGAAAUGAGUCUACUGAGAAGUUUCUUAUUGCUCGGGAAUUCAAAGGGAUAAAAAAUACAUCCAGUAAUGCAACGUAACAUGCAAUUUCUUUAACAAUUAAGUUAUGUACAAUAAAAAAUUACAAUUACAACGUAACAUGCAGUUUCUUUAACAAUUAAGUUAUGUACAAUAAAAAAUGCUUAAUGAAUAAAAUGAUUUGUAACAUAAUCGCUUAUCAUGCCUGGACAGGUUGUAAAUAAUAAUAAAGCAUGAUAUUUUGGCGCAAAAUCAA